AUGACAGACUCGACCAUUGUUAAAUUUCUCUAUUACUCAUUCAAGGGUGUUGGCCUUGUACCUAUGACCUACAUUCCAAAAAAGUGCUUCUGCACCUCGACACAAAGUUUAGUCUACAAUAUUAUUUUUAUGAGCUACGUAUUUGCAAUGAAUUGCUAUGCCGUGAAACUUACACUCAGAGAUAAUUCAGCGGUGAAAUUCGAUCGUAUAAUCGAUGGCAUCCAUUCAACAAUCGGCGCUUUGACGAGCCUUAUUCUUAUUGGUAUGUAUUGCGUUCACCGCCAAAAAUGUGUCGAAAUCGCUAACAAGUUAAAGGCACUUUACGAGUUGUCGACGUUUCAUCAAAAAUAUUUAUCGACGACAGCUAUAAAACAAACAUGCUUGCUAGUAUUAUUUAGUUGGAUAUCUCUACUUUUGACAGUACCGAUCAACUCAUAUCAAGCUAUACUAUACUUCAUAGCUACCUAUUUUUGCAUUGUAACUGUUAGCAGCGUUAUGCUCCAAUACAGCUUCUUUCUUAGUUUCCUUAGCCAAUUAUUUGUCAUUGUCAAUAACAAUUUCGCUAAUCUUAAAGCCACACCGAAAAUUCAAUUUGUCAGCCUUAAAGAUCAGUUAGUAAUCAGGAGAUUCGUACAUCAGAGAAAUUUACACAUGAGCCUGAGUGCAAUAUGCAAGGAACUCGACAGAUUCUACUCAUUACCAGCACUUCUCUGUAUUUUUUACGUCUUCUCGACCCUCAUUCUUUGCGCGUAUUAUGUAGUCAAGUCGUUUUUCUUUAAUAAGACUGGAUUAAGCACAACAUUUCUCUUCAAUUGUUUUGCCCAACUGAUUCAUGGAUCGACGGUUUUGUUCAUCCUUACAAGAUCGGCUUCUAUUCUUGUUGAAGAGAUGAAUCAAUUUUCAAGUUACCUGUUACAUGAAAAUAUUCAAUUUUCGGCAGCUGGUUUAUUUUCUAUUGAUGGAAAUUUAAUGAUGUCCAUUAUAGGCUCUAUAACAACGUACAUGGUAAUACUUUUACAGUUUCAAGAUCGAAACUCCACUUGA